AGGUGCGAAGACAUAUCUUGAAGAAGCUUUUGGAUCAGAAUGAAAAUGCGUUGAUGAUGGUAUUCUCGAGAAUGUCACCCGUACCCUGAAGAUCCCUCGACUCAAAGACAUCAAGGGAAAUAGAAUUACAAAUCAUCGUAACACCGUUGCCAACUUCCAUUGAAACGCAUAGCCCGCCCUCUACGGCAACACAUUGAAUGUAUGUCACCAUGGAGCCUGUGAACCUCACCAGCAGCCACAACCCGUACGAUGAUUACUACGCGACAUUCGGUAACUACUCAUACUCAUCCUCAACAGAUUACUUCUACGACCUUAUCCUUGAGAUGGUCUAUCCCAGAACGCACGAAUGGGUCAUUCUGGGGUUCUUCCUGCUCCUGCUCCUCUUGGCGCUUGGCGGAAAUUUCUUGGUAGUUUAUGCCGUACUGCGGAACGAGCACAUGCGUUCGGUUACCAAUUACUACAUCAUGAACCUGAGUGUUGCCGAUAUCCUGGUGUCUUUGAUCUGUUUCGGACCGACUGCAGUUGGUGACGUUACGGAAACCUGGUGGCUUGGAGCUACAGCUUGCAAACUAAUACCCUACUUUCAGCACGUGACAGAAUGUGUAUCGAUUUAUACUUUGACUGCGAUCGCUGCUGACCGGUACCUUGCCAUCUGCCACCCGCUGAAAUUUCGUAUCCGGGCUUCACGAACGAUUUUCAUUAUAAUCGCCGUUUGGAUUUGGUCUUUUGUUGCCGUUUUACCACAGGCAAUUUUCUCAGAAUUGGAGUAUGACCGGCACACGCCCUCUAUAAACAGGCCUGUCUGGUUGGCCAAGUGUUACGAGACUGGAUGGCACAAUUCGUUAUGGCAAAAGGUAUAUUACGUAAGCAUCGUUCUUCUAACCUACAUCCUACCACUGUGUGUCAUUGUAGUCACAUACUCAAUGGUCUGUAUUCGGCUAUGGUCGGCCAUCCCCACUGAAGAGACGAGCCGAAAGAAACCGACGGACUCGAACAACGAAUCGCGCCAUCAAAACAGCGGGAAAUCCAACCACACCGGUAAUGGUGCGAUCCGAGGGGGCAGUCGCUCCCGGUCUGGACCGGUUAAAACCAGUACGGAGACACAGGUGGAGUCCAGACGGAAAGUAGCCCGGAUGCUAAUCAUCGUAGCUUUCAUAUUUUUCAUCUGUUAUCUGCCAAUCAACGUCUUAAAUACUCUCAGAUACAUGCAAGUAUUUUCUAAGAACCUCAAACCGAAUCCCGGGGACCGAAGCAAGAUCACCCUUCCUUUCACGGUCGCUCAUUUUCUAGUGUAUAUCAACAGCACAAUUAAUCCAAUCAUCUAUAACUUCUUAAGUGCUAAAUUCCGACGAGAAUUUCGAACCGCCUUCGCAAACUGUCCAUGCUGCCCUCAACGUCCAAAUGACACAACUGCCAUCACGAGUACGGCAAGUCGACGCACCCAACGGCCGAACCCAACGGGACGAACGAACAGCACCGAGUACAUGCAAAUGUCAAGGGUUAAUACGAAAACAGAUCCAAGUCAAGGUCUUCUGACCUCAGACUGACAUUUAUCUGUACGAUGAUGAUGAAUCUUUCACUAGAUUUAAGGACAUGUGUGCAAGUUGCGUCCCUUUUGUGAUGUCACUCACUCGCGUCAAUCCUGAGUCAUUGGUUGAUCAAUGUGUAUCCAUCAACCCGCACAAAUCACUGAGUUUAUUUGUAGAAGAAUUACAAAUUUUAUUUGAACAUUGAAGUUUUUAUCUUUUUGUUCUACUGAUUAAUCGUCCGUGAUCAUCUCAGCGUCAAGGAUUCGUUGUUAAGUUUUCAAUUUUUUUUAACUUUUAUAUUUUCACUCUCUUAUUGCGUAUCCUGUAAAAAUAAAAUUGCAUUCUUAGAACUACCGAUCAAUGAGAUAAACACGGUAAAGCAUAUACCUCUCAUGAAAAUGAACGUUUUUGGCGCAUGUAAUAUAAAACUCACGACUUGCUCGACUCUCCCUUCAUUUUACCACUGGAACUUAGACCAUGGUCUAACUCUGUGCUAAAAUUAUAGAAAGCCAAAAAUGUCAAAGUUUGUACACUUAAUAUGUUUCUUAUGUUUUCCUAAUUCUCGGAUGGUAAAGACAGCUAUUUUUGGACUCUUCCCAGACAGUUCAACAUGCUUUGAGAGCCAAUGAAACCCACACCUUAAACCUCUCCCGUGAGAGAGAACGGGUUUCAAUUAAACUCUAUCCAAACUUUGUGAUUAAGCAAUGGAUAUCCUAUUAAUCUACAUCCGUGCAUAUUAAUUUUACAAAAUCUUUAUUAAACGCGACCCCGCUUGUAUAAUCAAAUGGCGUACGUGUAAUUUUGUAGAGGAAGACGCACUGUAUUUUUUGUUAUUUUUUUUUUUUGUAUGCAGAACCCGUUAGAAGUCGCUUUGUAAAUGAUAGUUUCUCCAUUUCAUCAUUAAUACCACUCACUUACCAAUCUUUUUUACCAUUGGUAUGUUAGUCAAUACCUGAUAAAUAAAAUAGUUUUAUGCGUAUUGGAAUGAAAUAGUAUAGUGGUUCUGAAAUCUGACUCGGAAGCAGGUUACGUCGUGUGUCAAUUUUCGUCCAUAGUAAUUAUGUCAGUGCUAUUAAAUCGUUGAUUUAGCAACCACAAAAUAGCAAAAUUGUAAAGAUGGCUUAAAAAUUUGUCAAAUUAGCAGCAAAUCCUUCAGAUUAGAGGUCCGUAAUAAUAUAAACGUUACAUGGCAUGUUAAGCGAACCAAGUGCAAGUUCUCAACAACAAGAGACGCUGCCUCAAGAGACGAUUAUCUUCUUUUUUUUUUUGCUUUUUUUUCAGUCGUAUGAAAUGUUAGUGUAAGUUAGCAUUGAUAGAUAAAAGGGGACGUCAGUCUUUCCUUGACUUGCACAUGCACACUGCCAAGCUCCGCCUAUUAUUUGUUACAUCAUCAUUGACAUUGCUCUGGCGCCUAGCUUUAUCUCAAAAUCUCAUACGAUUGAUAAAUAUUUACUAUGACCAAGGUCUGUCCGGAACUUUCAUAUUUACCUUAAAAUUCGAGACAAUGACCAUCAUUGCGCAAUACAGGUCAAUAUCUUGAAUUUUGAGGAAAAAAGCAAAAUAAUCGACCAUCCAAGGACAUGUUCAGCAGGCGUUUAGUGGCUAUUUUUUUUCAGAGGCUGAACGAUUGUAUGUGGGCGUCUGCAUUAAAACCACACCAGGUUCUCUCGUGGCAGUGAGUUGAAAUCACUAUAAAUUACUAUUGAUUAAUUUUCCAUAAUCAACAUUGAGAAUGAUCUAGAGAAUUUCUGUGUGUCUGUUAAGUGUCACGUAAUAUUAUUGGAGAAAUGGGUGUUUCGUGUUGCGCUAAAAAUUAUCAUGUUGAAAACGUAUAUUUGGUUUUUACAGCCCUGAUAUUAAAAUUGUCAUUAAAAACAAACGGAAAAUGUCUGUACUCAAUAAGGAAUCGUAGGUAAAAUGUUUGUGUAGCGAUAGAUGCUUGCACAUUCUCUAUUUGGGGGGUUGGGGGCAAUUUAGACCCCAAAAUGCUCAAAAGGGCCCUAAAAACUAAUUAAAAAACAGGAGCCCUGGAAAUCCCCAUUCAUUGCAAUGUUAAGCUUAUCUGGGCUCCGUAACACAAAUGUUUGCGAUGAAUAGCAAACAUGACAAAACACUUCUGAUUGGGUCCUAGUUAGUAUUUUGCGCCAAAUGCGUGUGUAACAUUGAUCUUGAUUGGUCAGUUCAUUCAGAGAUUGAUCACUAAUCUUUGUGUAACAGAUUUAGGCAGUUGGUGGCGAGAAGCAGCCCCCCCCCCCCGAAAAUGAAAAAAAAAUCCCAAGUCUCCAAAGAAACAACUGAGAAGAAACAAGAGAGUGUAUUUACUACGUGAAAAUUGUCGUAGAAUUGUUGUAUUCAUUCAGCUUUUCAGUGAUAUUGAUUAGUGUUACGAAAAUUAGUGUGGCUAGAAUGAGCCCCAGCUAUCCAUACUACACUUACUAUUGUGGAAUAUCGAUAUUUAGUUACCUUUGGUGUAGAUUAGCUCUAUUUACCUUAUCAGGAUACUUCCAAUCCAGAAUUCCCUUCAAUCAAUAUAUUAACUUGUCAACACGAUUAAUGAUAUCGCAAACAAAAUCACAACUUUUUAAUAAUUUUCUAGAAUUUAAAAACGAAAAAAAAGAUCUGUAUAAAGGGAUAGUGAUAAGUUUGAAUAAGAGUGAUACUAACUGUAUACAAAUUUUCAGUGAUUGCACAACAAUGUAUAUUUCUAUAAAAUCAUUCAUUACUUGUUGUAUAUAACAAUUCAGAUACAUGUACAAAAUAUAUAUUAUAUUUAAAUUCAUUACAUGAAAAUGAUAUUUGUAUAAGGAAAUUUGUACAUUCAAAUGUGGAAUAUAUACGAUCGUAAGUGUUUUUGUCAAUAUUUCUUCUGUAAUAAACUUCAUCAUGUAUCGCUAUU